AACUUAAAAUAUAUCAAUACUUAUAUAAUAUAUUAUGUAUUUAUCAUUUAUGUAUAAAAGAGGUCUGAAGUGUUUAACGUUGAAUACUGAAUAACGAGCGAAUAACUUAAGUUCUGAUGCUGCAAUGAAAGUUGGUUAAUCGGACGUCCGUUAUUUUUUUUAAUGUUAUUUGAAAAAAGAAAAAAUGAGCAACCUUUUAGUUUACAGAACGCUGUUAAUAAAAUUUGUUUUUUCGUCAUUACUAUUUUUUUUACACUUUCUGUAUGCGUUAUACGCGUGGCUCAUCGACCAGACAAUAUUUAAACAGCCAGAUCCUUGGCACGAUCGUUCUAAAAAUGGAUAUAAGAAGUAUCGGUUGAAAAAGUUGCCCAAACAUCUCGUAGUGUCUGUGUGCCAGGAGGAAGUAUUCUAUGAAUAUUUAGCCAAGUUACUGGCCUGGGCGUUGUUCUUAGAAGUACCAGUCAUUAGUUUUUACCAUAAUGAAAACGGUAUAUCUUCAGAAGAAUUGUUUUUUGCUUUCAGAGAUCAGUAUAGUAGUUUAUUGACAAAAAUCAAUUGGGGAUUAGAAUUUAAUGAUAAUAUAAAAUUUGAAUCAAAAAAAUGUAUUAACGGAUAUAAAUGGGAACCAAGAAUUGAAGUCAACAUACUGACAUCUAAACAUUCUAAAUUACAAUUAGUAAAUGCUUUGCGAACUGUGUGCAGCACAGAAGAAGAAUUCUCAGACACUUUAGUCGAGUUAGCAAUCAAUAAAACAUUCCCCAUGGUUGAACCAGAUUUGGUUGUAAUCUGUGGCAAGUCAUGUACAACAUUUGGUUUAUUACCUUGGCAUACUCGUGUCACUGAAUUUUUAACAUUGAAAACACAUUAUAAUGUCACAUUUUUAAAGUUUUACAAAUUAUUGGAACAAUACAGCAAAAAUGAACAAAGAUUUGGAAAAUAAAAGCUUUUGUUAGAUUUUAAUAACUACAUUUAAGUGUAAAUAAUAGUUU